CAGGCCGGCUUCGGGGGCCGCCAUGUUGUGCGGCCCUCUGGGGUGCUGGGCCAGGCGCCGGGGCCGGGGAUGGCGGCGUCCGACAGCAACUGGCUCUCCGGGGUGAACGUGGUUCUGGUCAUGGCCUACGGGAGCCUGGUCUUUGUGCUGCUCUUCAUCUUCGUCAAGAGGCAGAUCAUGCGCUUCGCCAUGAAGUCCCGCCGCGGUCCCCACGUCCCAGUUGGGCAGCACGCAUCCAAGGGCUUGAAAGAAGAAACCGACAUCCGGCUGUCCCGGGUCCAGGACAUCAAAUAUGAGCCCCAGCUAUUGUCCCAAGAUGACGUCCGACUCCACCAGCUGGAGACACCGAGGAGUCCAUUUUGCUAUUCCUACUUGUACAGGAUGAAGGCCCUGGAUGCUAUCCGAAAUUCAGAGAUCCCAUUUUCAGCGGAAGGAAGGCACCCCAAGUCCUCGAUAGGGAAGAACUUCCGCGCCUACCUGCUGGACCUGCGGAACUCCAGCACCCCCUUCAAAGGCGUCCGCAAGACUUUGAUCGACACUCUCCUGGAUGGGUACGACAGUGCCCGCUACGGGACAGGGACUUUCGGCCAAGCGGAGUAUCUGAAGUACCAAGAAGCAUUGCACGAACUGGCAGCAAUCAUCAAGGCCCGCGGAGGCGGCAGCCAGCGGCAGCACCAGUCCGCGGCCAAGGACCUGACGCUCUCCCCUGACGUCUCCGGCCCUACCACUAUCCAGGUCACCUACCUGCCCUCCAGCCAGAAGAGCAAACGAGCCAAGCACUUCCUGGAACUCAAGAGCUUUAAGGACAACUACAACACGCUGGAGAGCACCCUGUGACCCGUGGGGGAGG